AGGGGCUGGCGAUUGUGACUAUUAUGGGGACCCACGUGUCUCUGCCUCAUGACCCUGAGCCGCUGUUCAGCAUUUCCUUCACUCAUCAUAUGUUGCCUCUGCGCGACUGAGAGAGGCUUGUGGGUGUGAAUCGCGAUUGUUUUCUGCCUCGUUUGCUUUGCUGUGUGUUUGUGGUUUUUUUUUGUCUUCCCCCCACCCCCUUCCCUUGUUUACAGCACAGCCCACAAUGGAAGAAACUUCUGGGCGAGCUCCUCUUUUAUACCGUGCGGAGAGAAAAGCGGUCGUUGUCAGCUCUUGCAGCCGGCUGUAAUCCUCAGCUCCUUCUUCCUCCCUCUCUCUCUCUCUCUCUCCAUCCGUGCAUGUCCGCUGUGAGAAGCAGGUGCCAUGCUGAAAGUGACCGGAUUCCAGACCCACUACUGGCCGCUGGUUCGCUUCCUCGUCCCGCUAGCGGUCACCAACAUAGCGGUAGAUCUCGGGGAGCAGGCAUUAAACAGGGGUAUAGCAGCUGUUAAAGAUGAUGCCAUUGAGAUGCUUGCUAGCUAUGGACUGGCCUACUCCCUCAUGAAGUUCUUCACUGGACCAAUGAGUGACUUUAAGAACGUGGGACUAGUGUUUGUUCACAGUCGGCGAGAUAGAAUCAAGGCUGUCCUGUGCAUGAUCACAGCUGGUACUGUGGCUGCCAUCUUUCACAUUCUAAUAGCAUAUACAGAUCUGGGAUAUUACAUUAUUAACAAAUUACAUCAUGUGAAUGACUCUGUGGGAAGUAAAACAAGAAAGGCCUUCCUAUACCUGGCUGCAUUCCCAAUGCUGGAUUCCUUGGCAUGGACCCAUGCUGGCAUUCUGCUGAAACAUAAGUACAGUUUAUUGGUGGGCUGUGCGUCUGUUUCAGAUGUCAUUGCUCAGAUUGUAUUUGUAUCCAUUUUGCUGUACAGUCAUCUAGAAUGCACAGAGCCUCUUCUGAUUCCAAUUCUGGCCUUGUACAUGGGAGUGAUGGUCCGUUUUACCAUGGUGGGGCUUGGAUAUUAUAAAAAUGUGCAUGACAUCAUUCCUGAGAGAAGUGGACCUGAAAUGGGGGGCGAGGCCACUAUAAAAAAGAUGCUGGCCUUUUGGUGGCCUUUGGCAUUGAUUCUGGCAACUCAGCGAAUAAGCAGACCCAUUGUCAACUUGUUUGUUUCUCGUGAUCUGGGAGGUAGUCCAGCAGCCACAGAGGCUGUUGCUGUUUUAACGGCCACAUAUCCAGUGGGCCACAUGCCUUAUGGGUGGCUGACUGAGCUCCGUGCUGUUUACCCUGCUUUUGACAAGAAUAACCCAAGCAAUAAACUUGGGCACGUCAUCAAUAAGUCACAUAUCAAGAGAUUUACUUUCACUUGUUUGGCUGUCUCCGUCACAUUGUGCUUUGUUGUGUUCUGGACUCCGCACCUGUCAGAGAAAAUCCUGGUUAACCUGAUAGGAGUAAAUUUAGCUUUUGCUGAGCUCUGCGUGAUACCUCUGAGGAUUUUCUCCUUCUUCCCUUUUCCAGUUACAAUUCGAGCACACCUGACUGGUUGGCUGAUGACCUUGAAGAAGACUUUUGUACUGGCACCCAGUUCAGUGCUAAGGAUAGUGCUUCUCAUUACAAGUCUGAUCAUUCUCCCUUAUAUGGGGAUCCAUGGAGCAGCUUUAGGUGUUGGUUCACUCCUGGCUGGUUUUCUGGGAGAGUCGGCCAUGGUAGCAAUAGCAUCUUGUUAUGUUUAUCGUAAAGAGAAAACUAAGAGAUCCCUGGAUGAAGCAGCCGCUGAGGGAGAGGACUCAGCAAUGAAUUCUGCAGUAAACCCUGAGGAAACGUCUGAGGUAGUGGAGUUAGAUGAAGAUGAAUGAGCAACCUAUAUACACUACAGGAAUCGCUAUGGUUCAACAUCACAAUAUCAAACCACCCUUCACUUCUGCUAUCAUUCUUCUUUUUCUUUUUCUGGAAAGUGUCUGUCAAUACCAAAACCGCUUCUGAUUCGAUUGCACCUUAUCAUCGAGCAGCCUCAGACAGGAAGGGACCUUCUUGCAUGCAAUUCCAUUUCAGCUAAUAUGUGGAUGGAAGCAACUUCAAAAGAAAACAUCCAGCAAGUCUUCCAUAGUUAAGUUGGCUGACAUCCUUCUAUCCAUGGUACAAGCAACACGUCAGAAACCAAAGCACCUUCCUCCUUUUGACUCUACUGGUUUUCCAUCCAUAUUCUUUGAUAGACUAAGGAUGUAUAUUUGGAUUUUUACUUUAUUUAACUGCUUUAAUAGUAUUACAUUGUGGGUUUUCUCAUGUACACUUGCAGUUAUGUUUCCAGUGACCUGUGUGAUUUAUUGCCAUAAUGUUGCUGCUUGAGAGGUGGAGUUCUGAAGACACCAUGACCAUAAAGGACACACUUUUGUAAAAAAAAGGAAGUUGAACAUAUCAAAAUAUUUUUUUACAUAUCCGAAGAGUUUGAUAUCAGUAUAUUGAGGAGACUGUUGUGCAUGUGGUGGCAACUUGUAAGUAAAGCAGUAAACAUAGGAAAAUUAAUACCGAAAAACAUAGACAUGACUUGAAUUUUAUAAGCUCGUCAUAUUAAAUAGCACGAGUGUACAUUUACUUGAAAGAAGUGAGAUUUUAAGAUGGUGUGAAACUUGACAGCUUUAAGUGAUGUGUUCAGAAAUACUUUGUUAAUCGCUUAUAAACCAAUGUGUUACACCAUUUUGAUACGUGUAAUGAUUUAGCAUUGUAUAUUGUAGAGCAGUGGGUACAAUGUAGUUCAAAUGACUUCUGUAUUUUCUUUCCAUUGUGGCUUAUUAGACCAGUGUUUAUAUGUUGGAGAAUGGCCAUUUAUUACAAUUACUGAAUGUUGCAGCUCAGUGCUUGAUUGGUGAGUUUCUGUGGAAGAGUAAAAGCAGCAUCGAUUUGAUUUGGGUUGUACCAAUACCCUUUUACUGCACACAGCAACAUGUAAUUUUGCUGUUACAUGACAUCAAGGAUUCACAGUAUCCUAACUAUCAGCCAGGGUUUACUGGGAGACCAGGUUGAGGAUAUGCACAACCCAUUUGCAAAGCUCCUAACUGCUUCUGAUAAUCUCCAUCUCAUUCUCUUCCUUCCCAGUUCUUGCUUAGCAGGGAUUCAUUACACAGGCCACUUUUUUUUUGUUUUAAUCCAAUCCUUCCUUACCCAAUUUGAAGCAAAUAAAGCUAUGGAACCACAACAAAAUUGUCUUUAAUUUGUCGCUAAUACGGUAGUAUAAUUGAGAGGCCAUAUGGUGCAAAAUGGGAAUGUACUUUUUGACAGUUUGGGAUAAAAGAGUACUAUUGGCAUAGAGUAAAGGAGGCUUUAUUCUCUCGCUAGUUGUGCUACACUUGCCCAGAAAGUACUUAAUUCAGAUGGUGGGUACACAAAUGGGGAAAAUUCCAAAUUUCAGCACUUACUACUUGAGCAGGAUUUAGGAAAUACCAUUUAAAACAAAAUAAAUUUUUAAAAGUUUCAUGAUGUUGCGUUUUGUAAAUUAUCGUAACACUGAAUGAAGUAAGCAUUUUUGCAACUGUUGAGAAGUUGAUGUAAUUUCGAUGGAGAAACUGAAAUUAUUGUAUCCUGACUCCAACCAUUUGUUAAGGAACUUGCUUCUGCUGCAGCGUUUCAAAAGGCUUUGCUGAGAGUGUAACAAAUGGUCAAGCUCGAUUUUAAAUUCCUAAUAGUCAAGAGUUUCAGAUAUUCUCUACUGCAUAGUUUUCAGAAAAUAAAACCAGUUCAGGACCAUU